UUAUCUGUGACCGAAUGCCUGGAAACAAGCAUUGUUGUGUCUGCUGCCGUUACACGAGGGCUGUCAGCACGGAGCCUGCGAGUGCUGGGCAGGCCGCAGGGAAGCCGGAGCGGUGCAGGACUCAAUCCAAAGGUUAUCCAAGUCAUCAGGAAGCAUCACGCUAGCUCCUGCGGCCUUCGGCGAAGACAAAACUCCUUUCACUGUAACCACAUCUGAGCCCCUGCAACGGGCGUUACUUAAUAACCCUGAGUAGCGAAACAGAAGAAAAUUUCUUUGAAAGUAUGUGCCAAUCUCCCAAAUAGCAUUUCCAGCAAAAAGGCCACUUAACAGCUACUACCGCUGCAGACAGAAAAGGAAAAUGAGGCCUUCCUCACCUCUCCAGUGCCACAGCGCAACUAGUGCCAGGAAAUGGCUCUGAAAUUGAGGCACAGGCUUUCGCCACUGCUUGUUCCAGCUAUAAAGAAUGUGUGCGUUUCGAUGAGGCUUUCAGACAUCAGGAAGAUACUCAUUAAGAGGGUGAAAUCCAGAGCAGAGGCUGCACAGUGCCUUGGGCAGCACUUGGGAGUUCCAGUGUUUCUUCUGUUUCUUCUUAAUGUGACGAAACCUGAGCAUGAAUGGGAAGAGUUCAUUCGUAAUGCGGCCAGCCCCUGCGGUGUCGAGCUGAGAAAGUCUGUGGUUGUUAUUUCCUCCUGUGGGGUGUUUGUGGAUGACCAUCGCUGUCCCGAGAGCACCAGCCUGCGCAGCAGACAGCACGGUGUAUCCGGGCAGACAGCAGGCAGUGUCUGGGCAAACGUCGUGGUGUGUCCUGCUCAUGGCCAUGCCCAGCUUUGCCUAUUUGAUGUGCUGUCCGUCCCUACGUGCACAUUUCCUGAAUGGCCCUUUACCUCUGGAGCUGCAGCGGGCCAUGGAGCGAGCUGUGGUGCUAGGGUCACCCUCUGCACCCCGACCACCAGUGGGUGCAGAAGCAGAUGCUGGAGGGGUGACGCAGCGACAGCAAUCACUCUCUUACCCGAAGGAGCAGAGAGGUGGUCCCGACCCGCACCCAGCGCUGCUGGUAACAAAACGAGCUGGAAGCGUCCCAGAGCUGACUGCUCCCCUUGGCGAGACGAAGCGUGCAAGGACUGUGACGGCAGAUGCCAACGGGGGCUGAAAUAGGCAGAAGAGAAAAGGUUUCACAGGGGGAUCUGAACAUCGCAGCGGCCCAUUGAGAACCCAGGCCUCCUGCUUGUCGCAGCAUCCAGCAGUGCAAAAACGAAGGGAAUUGCUGCUUACAGCACUGGCUGGGAUUUAGGGUAAACUGAAGGAAAUAUUUCUUCAUCUGGAGUGUGGUCACUCUUCAUUGCUGCAGGAAGUUGAGUAACUGGGUUUAGAAAGAGCUGGUUUUAGAAAGAGCUGGGGCACUGCCUGCCCGCUGCGCUCUGUGCAUCCGCGGGUCUGGAGGCAACUGCAUGGUGAGGGGCCACGAGCAGAUGUCCCAGUGCCUCUCAGGAAAGGACUCUUGAACCUCCAGUCCUGCAAAAAAAGCCUGGCUGAGCAGUGGUCCUCUUGUGACACUCAUAAGAAAACCCAUUUCUGAUUUAUCUGCUGCUUGGGCCAGCCACCAGAAGAGCAGCUUUAGGAAAUGAGGCUGUCCUUAGGGGCAGCGCAGUGGCGUGAGUUUAGGAACCUGCGACGGACUGGUUCCGUGCUGCUGCACGCGACCGUCACGGUACUGAAAUGUAUUGGUCACCAAGGGAUUCCCAAAUUAGAUGGGCCACGAUUUGAGUUAGUAGUAAUGUAAAGGAAACACCACUGGCAAAAUGUGACUUACAGCCCUCUGCUAGCAGCAACCUGCUGGUUGCUUGUGCUGCACCCGGGGAAGUCAGCUGCAGGCCAUCUUUGGACUCAGCAGAUUUUGCAUGAAGCUCUAUUCAAAGAACGUGAGCAUCUUGAAUGUUUUGGAUUAUUUUUGUAUAUCCAAACCAUAUUAAAAAAAAAAAAAAAAAGGCAGUGUACCAGGAAGGGAUUUGCUAUGCAAUGUUUGAAAAUCCAUCCUUUAGAGUGAGAGUGCAGAUGUUUCCUGGCAAACACCCAGCCCCUCUCCUGGGGCAAAAGGCCGCUUACCCUAACGAUGUACCGCAUGUGUGAAAACUUGUUUUUGCAAGUAUAGUGGCUUGCCUGGUUUCCAGCAGUGUUUCAUCAGCUGGUAUUACCCCAGCACAGGGUUAAAAUAGAGCUCCAGAGUGCAAGUAUAUUGUCAAGGCAACAACGAAGUACGUUGUGGUCUCGUUCAGCCAUUGCCCACAACCACUUUACCCUUGGGCAGAGCUCUUUCUGUGGGACAUGGGUCACAGGAGUUUGUGUCCUUCAGUGAUAGGGGAUGUUGUCUUUUGGCGAGCAGGGUGGCAUGGAAAACCUCAUGGCCAUGGGCCCCUGGGCUUGCUUUGCUCUUUGGGCAUAGCCAGUAAAAGGGGAAAAUGCACCGAGUGAACCUGGGCAAUGAAAUGGGUCUGUCUGUGGCUGAAUGACCCUCAUCCCCUGCUCCCUGUGCUCCUGCCCAUCUGUGGCCCAGCCCCAGCUCCCCAGACAGCAAGCUGUUCGGGGCAAGAAGGGCGUCUUCCCAGCACGGCGCUCGUCACUGCGGCAGGGAGCCAACGCCAGCCCGCAUUGCUGGGGUUUUCUUUUCAUUUGAUCUUCACCAUAAAAGCAACCCAUACGAAUUCCUGCAACAAUGAACUGCCCUUUGCACUAGUGGCUGUGGAAAUGUGAGCUGGCAGAAGAUCAGAGCCGGGAGCGGGAGGGCGAGCUGGGUAAUUUGUCCUUUGUAGCAUCUUGCCCGGAGAAGGUGAUGCAGGAGGUCACGCUCUUCCCUCGAAAGCCAGGCAGGUGCGCGGAGCUGCGCUCACAGCUGGGGCUUCCCUCCUGCCACCUUCUCCCAGCUGGUCCCAGUGUCCCCUGGAGCCUCUGGGCCCCAGCAUUGCCAGCAGGACCAUGUCUGCAGGCUCAGCAGAGCCCACCUUAUCUCUGCAGUGCCUGCUCCAGCACUGCUGCUUGCCCUGAAAUUUGGGUGAGAGAGGAGAGCAGGAUGCUGACCUCUUGAUGGUGAGGAAGACACCAUUGCUUUCCCUCAGAAUAGCGCCAAUACUCCCAGAACAUCUAAGCUCCAUACUAGUGCUUUAUUUUAUGCAUCCUAACGGCAACAACAGAAAGGAAACAACCAAAAAACAACCACCACCAAGCUAAGGGAAGAUUUUUUCUUUUCUCUUCCAAAGCUGUUCUUUGCUGCGGGCCUGGGAAGUGACACAGGUGCCAGUUGUCACCCCAGCCACAGCUGAAGUAAUUCAGGAGAAUGCAAUUUACCCCAGUUUAAGGGCUCUGGGGGUUUUCAGAGCGGUGUGUCACUAGAAGGAGGUUAACAUUUCUGAAGUUCAUGUUAGGAGAACAGGGAGUGAAGUUUCCAUGUUGGAGAUGGCUCUGGUGAAGUGAAGCAGUUUGCAGCCAUCCCCACAGGGCUUUUAAUGCAUGCUUUUUGCUAACGUGCCAUUUUGCUGGAAUUCUCACUUCUCUUAGCGAUCUGGCUUAUGGAUGAAAA